GCCAUUCUCUGUGUAGUUUUCCGUCUCGUUAGAUCAGAACGUCGCGUCCACUCGAGAAGAGCGAAUGUGUUUUUCCGUUAUUCGUCGCCGUCAUCAUCAGCGUCGUCGUCCGCAGUCGCCGUUUUUUAUUUCUACAGUUUGUAGUAUUGUGUGUAUAAUACCGUGUACACAGGAGCCUGUUUUUCCCUUUUAUACCUACUUUGUUGUGCAGUUUGCUAGAACCUAUACACGCGGGAUAACACGACGGUUGCAGGAGUGGAAGCGGAUUCGCAAAGUAUGAAAAGAAAAUUGUGUGAGAAGGAGUAGUGCUAGUGUUCCCUUUUUGUGUUUCAAUUUUUCUCUACUAUUGAAGUUUUGUGAUUUCCGAAAGGGGACUCAGUGUUUUCGGUGAGUCUGUGGUGAAAAGGAUCGAGUUUUCACCCUCCGAAGCUACCUUAGUACUACCUGGAAGUUACAGUUGACCCAAACGCGCAAAAGUGGAUGUGUGAAGGAAGCUCAAGAGAAGAACAAUCGAUUGCAAAACAAUAAAUGCAGAGCGUUUAUUAUCUCGCUGGAAUUGCAAACCGAAACACAGCCGAACUUAACUAGCGAGUAUCCAUAUAUAUAUAUAUAUAUAUAUAUAUCUAUAUGCAUAGUACCAGAGAUCGUUUAGUGUUUUUGUAGUGUUUGAGAACUGCAAGUAGUGUGAAAAAUAAACCAAGCAUAUAUAAAUAAAGUAGUGGAAAAUCUGACAACCAAGUUCAUAUAUAUAUAUAUACUACACCCAUAAAAAAAGAGAUCACCCGUAGGAUUCAAACAAAAACGCAAACGAACAGACAAGAUACACCUAGCGAAAACAGUAAGAAAAAAUGCUGUUUGAAAACCCUGUUGCGGCUGCAAAAAUGUUCCCAUACAGCGUGCCUCCGCCGAUCCAAGGUGCAGCUGCGGUUCCGGUGCAAAAUUUAAGCAAUGGCUUUCUCAAUGCCGGUACUUUGGACACAAGUGGGUUGCUCGAGCAUGACCUACACAACGCAUUGGUGCCAAUCAAAACCGCGAGUCUUCUCACACCACAGGCUGCCGCAGCGGCAGUUGCUGCACAACAGAACAGAGAUCAACAGCAACAGCAGCAGCAACAACAGCAACAACAACAGCAGCAGCAGCAACAACAACAACAGCAACAGCAGGAACAGAUAGUGCAUUCCAACAACCAGCUCACACUUGUCAGCAAUGCCGCUACGAACACUUCCAACUGUUUGACCAAAGCCGGCUCCACUAACGGUAGUUCAUCUGGACGUUCCACUCCGAACAGCAACAGCGAUCCGGCACCCGGAAAACUGUUUGUCGGUGGACUCAGCUGGCAAACGUCGUCGGAAAAACUGAGCGAGUACUUCGGAAUGUUUGGAAAAGUGACUGACGUGCUCAUCAUGAAGGACCCAAUCACACAGCGGAGCAGAGGUUUUGGAUUCAUCACAUUCCAGGAACCGAACAGCGUAGACAAUGUUCUCAAAGUGCCAAUCCACACACUGGAUGGGAAAAAAAUCGAUCCCAAACAUGCAACGCCAAAGAAUCGACCGAAAACUCAGUCGAACAAGACGAAGAAAAUUUUCGUGGGAGGCGUUUCACAAGACACUUCGGCCGAGGAAGUUAAACAGUACUUCAGCCAGUUUGGGAAAGUCGAAGAGACGGUAAUGCUCAUGGAUCAGCAAACCAAACGCCACCGUGGGUUCGGGUUUGUGACGUUCGAACACGAGGAUGUGGUGGAUCGGGUGUGCGAGAUUCACUUUCACACCAUCAAAAACAAGAAGGUGGAAUGCAAAAAAGCUCAACCAAAGGAAGCUGUCACACCUACUGCCCAGCAAUUGCUGCAGAAGAGAAUUAUUUUGGGAAAUCUAGGUCUACCCAUUGCGACACCAACCACAGCUCGUCUCGUUGGAGCGGCACAGGCAGCAGCUGCUGCUGCCGGCACUUCUCCGUUGGUAAGUCAGUUGGCCAAUCCGUUGAUGGUGCAAGCGCAUGCCCAUGCACAGGCCCAAGCAGCAGCAGCAGCGAUGCAGGUCCAGAAUGGCUUCGGAAAGAUGUUCACUACAUAUCCACCCACGCUGCACAGUUUCAGAUACGCGCCGUACCCAAUGCCGUCAGCUGCCGCCCAUGCAGCUAAUGCAGCGGCUGCGGCUGCAAAUGCAGGUAACCCACAAGCGAACGCUUACAGUGCGCAAGCCGCCGCUAGCCAACAACAUCACCACGCGCAGUCGAUGGCGGGAGCCACUGCCCAAUCUGCCACUGGAGCCAUGGGUACUGGUCAACCUCAGCAAGCCGCUCCGGGAGCUACUCAUCAGCUGGUUCCCACUGGGCUGACAACCGCCGGUAAUCCCUAUCAGGGUUACAGCCUGGCCAAUGUCGACAUGUCCGGCUUCCAGGGCGUGGACUGGGGUUCGAUGUAUGGCAUGGGAAUAUUGUUCCCAGAGGCGCACUGCUAAGUGCACAUGAUGCACAUUUGCACGAGACUGGUUUGACUCAGCAUUGCGCGCUUCUAUAUUCUAUGUCUCUCUAAGUCUCACGUUCUCUCUCUCUCCCCUCACUGCACCAUCGCAUUGCGGGCACUUCCGUGGUGCCACAAAAGGGGUUUGCUUUUGUGUGGCUGGCACAGAGAGAUUUCCAUGGGAUCAACGGAAACAGCGUGAUAAUUGCGUAAGUGAUAAGCCCACCCAGAAGACCCGGGCGAACCCGGAGUGAAUUGAAUUUGAACAGCACAUAAUGAAAGACACACAAGGACCCUUGGCACUUUACCACCCGCCACCCGGUGAACAACAAGAAGAACCAUGCUGUGGAAGAAGGGUGGGUUCGUGCAGGGGAAAACUUGUGUACUGCAAUUUUAUACAAGACUGCCUUUAUUUUAUUUUAUGUUUUAUUGUAGACUUAUACGUUUUUUUUUAAAGUAAAAUUUAGUUGUAGUUGUAUGAGUUCACCCGAUUUAUGGUAGUUUCCAAUGUCGGCGAUAGACAGUAUUCUAUAGGAUUACACUUGAUGUGAUUGUUUUAAGUUUUGUGGAUCUUAAUUUAUGUAUAAGUUUUUAACCUAGAAAUAGCAAGCAGAUAUUGAAGAGCGACGAGAGUGUGGUUUGCGGACAAGUCAUUUUCUGCUGUUUUAUUUUUCAGAUUUUACUGCGAAGAAAACAGUUCUACUUCGGAGCUAAUAUUCGUUACCUCCGGAGGUUACUUCUUUCGUUUAAUCUUUUUUUUUGUCUUGCAUGUUACGUGUCAUUUGUUGUUAAUUGUGUGUUUGUAUAUAUUCUUGUGUAGGCUUAAACAUUUUCACAGAUGGUAAUCUUCAUCAACUCUAGUAUUGUAUUGUCGAUUCAUUAAUCGUAUCCAGGGCUUGACAAUUUCGAAACUGAAAAUGGAAAAGACGUUUUUACUUUUUCCUUUCUCUUCAGCCAAUUUUAAUUUCGAUUGUGUGUAUUCACUACGCAUGCUUCAACAUCGAUUCUUUAACUUCGUUUUCAGUGAAAACCGACGCUUCCACUUGACAAUAGAAAUUGGUCUAUUCAUAAUCAUUUGAAGAGGCUAUAUGUCAUCACUUUCAGUUUGACAUGUGAAAGGACGAUCACUGCUUUCAAUUGAAAGCUUCAUUUGAUUUAAUUUUUCCAAACUGGAUUUUCGCUCACCGUUUUAUAAAAAAAAAGAAUUUAAAAGAGGCACAUAAUGGCAUAUUAGUCUUACAACCAGUUCUCCCAAAUGAUUACGCCUGCUGGCAUGCUGCACAUUCUUUUCGUCAUUUUCAUUACUUUCAGUGAAUACGUUCGAGUGCCAAGAAAUUUUCAUUCGAAAUAAAAUACUUUCAUUCGAUAUCAGAACUUUUCAUUAUACGAUUUGAUAAUUUCGCUUUAGUGUGAAGAAUGAAAGAAAUGAAUUUGAAACGAAACUGUACAAAGGUGAAGUGAUAUUCUGAGUUUGCAUGAAAUUGAAAGGCUCAUUGUAGAUUGACGAUGAGUCAAUUGAAGUGAAAUUGCAAGGCCCUGGUCGUAUCAUUCGAGCAUAAUAAUUUAUUCGAAUUGUGGUAUAGAAUGAUAUUCUUCGGGUAGCCGCAUAUUUUGGAAUUAUAUUAGUUGUUCUUAAUAACAUACCCACAACUACAACAUUUCAUACACAUUUUUUUUGAAAAUAUAUACAUUUUUGUUAAGGCUCAUAUGGCGUUAGCCUGACGGGGCCGGGGGUAUAAUAUUUUGACAAUAUUCCUUAUAAGCUAUGUUAGUAAUAUGUAACCGAUUACUCGCGGUUGACUCGAGGUUAGUAUUACAAUUUGUUGUCAUAAUUAGGAUAUUGUAGCCUCCAAUGUUUUGUACGUGUGCCCGACACGGGUUAUACACAUUCAUACAUACACGGGAUUCAUACACAUUAUCUUACGAGAAAUUUCGUACGAGGCCUGAAGAACUCAAACCUCCAGAAACUCUCCAGAUUCAGCAUAAACAUGUCGGUGCUCGAUCAAGUGUACGAUUUCAUUCGCUGCCGCAGAAAAAUUGCGAAGCAAUUUUCUACCUGUUACAGUACUUUACAAAGAUACUCGAUCACCUGUUACAGUACUUCAAAUCUGAUAACAGCGUAAAAUCAAUUAAAUUUUUCAUUGAGAUACGCUUUCAGAACAUUUUGUCAUUAAAGCGUUGUUUAUGUUGUUCACAGUGAAUUGAAAAUUUCACUCGCGUUAUUGAAUUUAACAUAGAUAAGAAAAAAAAUCAUUUUCAAGAUUGAAACACUUUUUUCGUUUGUUGUUCCUUCGGGCUCGCUCGACUUCUUGUUGGUUGAAUAGCAACGAUGUCCACGAGCCAUAGCACCAAGUCAGUGAGGAGGAAUCUGCACCGUGAGGAAGGAAGGAAGUUAUUGUAUUAUAGAGACUUUAAACUUUUUCAGUUCAUUCGUCUCUAGACUUGAGAAAGGCCCUUUGAAAACUCUACUCUACUCUACUCCAGCGCUACCAUCUCCACCCUCUUGCCUUGAGAAAGGCACUCGAUCCCUCGCCGUCCAGCUCGUCCAGCAACGAUGUUGUCCAGUCGGUGUCCACACAAAGAAUGAGCAUCGUGAGGAGUAGCUCAAAAGAUCAUUAUAAAGGGGAAGGUACAAGGAUAUUCGUAGUUGAUCUACUGUUGAUUUGUCAAAUUUGCUAAAAUAAUUUGGAUUUUGCAAGUGACAAAAUAGUAUUUCAAAUCUCGGCAGAUCAUCUCAGAAAACGUCCCGUACACUCCCGCUGAAUCCGUACAUAUUUCUCAGGUCCUCGUUCUUCGAGUAGACACACAAGAAAUGCUCGAUGAAGUUGUGGAUAAUGCACAGAGUUGGUGGAAAGGGGACCUAUUGAAGCCGCGCGUAAUCGAAUAGUGUGCAGUCCUUAGUCUGGAAAGUACUCGUUGCUCCCUCAUUGCCUCGAAGUCUUCGAACCUGGUGAUGGAAUCAUCACCUUUCCGCAAAAUUGACUUCUUUCUGCGAGUCAGCUGGUCGUCCGAUUCGUUGCACGCGACGCCACUGUGUCCAGGAAUCCAAAUGAGGACGAUGUGAGGCAAUAUGUACUUCCUGGUUGCCUGUAUCAAUUGGUGUCUUGACUUGGCUGCACCGAUGGCGUCCAUGGCACACGCCGGCAGCGGCUUUAUUGACGGGAUCGUAGCUGCCACGUAGAUUUCGGUUACUUCAGCUGAGAACAUUUGGCAGAUAUCGACUAGUCUGUCACUUACCCCAAAACCAAGAACCAUAAAAGGCUGUUGCAGGGCUACCGAGCACCUCCCAGCUCGGAAGUUUUUUCUAAUACCGUUUUCCACUUGAACAGUUGGGAACCUCCAAUCAUUCGCCCUAGUCCAGAUUUGGGUUUGUAGAUUGUUUUGAGUAUGUAUGACAGUUCUUCUUAACUUCAUUUAAGUGGCGCUGGGAGCUAAGGUUGUGGUCAAUCAAUACUCCAGAGCAGUGCCAUAAAUUAUCAAAAUUUAUUCACGAAUGAAGGAAUUAGAUUUUUCCCAGUGUCGGAUGAAUUCUCUUCUGUUGAAACUCAACACCAUAUCCGUCAUAAUGAGUGUAACACAAGAGUCGAAACGGGUGAACUUUGCCUGGUAUAUUGAACGAAAACAGCAUGACAUUUUUGGAUUUUUGCGGCAACCCACAAUGUCCUCCUCCGACAAUUUAGAUGGGGUUAUUCGCCCUAUCUUCAAGAAUGGCGACAAACUGGACUGAGAAAAAUUUCUUAUGUUCACCUGAAUGCUGCCUACAAAGUGUUUUCCCUAAUUAUCUUCCUUCGUCUAUCGGCACUAAUGAACAGACUCGUGGGAAGUUAUCAAGCCGGCUUCAGUGUCUACUCGAUCUACUACUGAUGAAAUCAUCACUUUGCGAUAGAUUCUCCAUAAGUAUCGUGAGAACAGAGUCCUUACGCAUCCUCUUCAUAGACUCCAAAGCCGCAUUUGAUUGAAAAACACAAAAAGAGUAAUGGAGAAUCAGGGACGAAAACGGUUUUCCCGUGAAGUUGAUCAAAUCUACGGAUAUUAUCUGACCCAUUCGAGCUCCACAGAGGGCUUCGGCACGGUGAUGGUCUCUCUUGCCUGCUCUUCACCAUUGCAUUAGAAGGAGGCGUUAUGAGACGAGCGGCGUUUAACUUGCGUGGCGCGGCUUCUAACUGAUCCAGUUAAUUCAUUUGCUUCACUGAUGACGUGAAUAUUGUCGCCAGGACAUUACAUUAGCAUCAUGCGCGAAGCAGAGAGAAUUGAAAUGAGAAUUAAUGCGUACCCGAUCCAAGCACAAUAGGGCCCGAUUAAGCAGUAGUGCGGUGAUCGACGGCUAUGAGUUCGAGAUAGUGAGUCAAUAUGUCAACCUUGGCUCAAUGGUAAUGUCUGACAAUGGUACCAGCCGCAAGAUCCGGAGACGCAUUAUCAAUGGGGGUCGUGUCUGCUAUGGCCUCUACAGACACUCGAGAUCGAACAGACUUACCGAGUACUGGCAGAUUCUCGAAGAGGAUCUGUGAACACUUGAAGUCUGAACGACAUGUGUUUAGAACCAUCUUCGGCGGUGUGCGGACUGCAUAUGGAAGCGAAGAAUUAACGUCGAGCUCAAGCCAGUUGGCUGUGAACCUGGUAUCCAUAAAGUGGUCGAAGCUGGAAUGAUACGCUGGGCAGAACAUGUUGCAAGAAUGUCGGGUAAUUAUCGUGCAGCGAGCAGAUGGCUAGACCAAGUGGAGCAAAACCUGGUGAACACUGGGUGCUUGCGAAAUUUGAGAAAAUGGCCAUGAACCGACUUAGUUGGAGAAAUAUUACGGAUCAGGUCAUGCUGUCAAGCCAAAAUGAAUAAAAAAACGUUCGAAACGCACGGAAACGUUUUCUAAAUUCGGUAAAGGGGUCGAUAAUCAAUCUGUCGCCGUUAAGUAAUUAAGCAGAUGGUCGCGUAUCUCAAAAUUUAUCGUGUACAUCCCGUACUCCACAGUUUCGAUUACUCGAAGUUUGAAUGGAAUCAUUUUUUAUAGUAGAAUUGUAGUAUCAUCCACGUUUACGAUCAUCUUCGCCCAACAAUUGCCAUACAGCAUUUGGAUCCUACAAAUCAUCAGACCACGAAAUCUCCAUCUUAACUUUGGUCUAAUGUCGUACCGAAGUGUUAAGCUCUCGGUAUAUCGAUCAAUCAUCGACUUUCUUGUCGAUCUUUUCCCAAACUCGUCAAACAAUGGGUACAUCAAUGCUGUGAUUCUUCCUAGCAAGUCACGCAUUCUGACCGGUACUGACCUGACCACGGCGAGAAUUCUCAGACCGUGAUUACAAUAAAUGAUACUUACUCUAUGUCUGUUGUAAACUCGUAUGCAUAAUUAUUUAUUUUUGAUUGCUAUUUUUUCAUAAAGUAAUUUCAACACACAUACAAGGUAAAGAAAAAUAAACAUUGUUCAAAAAAAAGCUAUUGACGCCAAAUAAUUAGACGCUCGCCAGAUUUUUUUAUUGGUUGGUUUUUAGCUAGCUUCUUGCAUGUUUUUUUUAUUCGUUGGUCAAACUCUCGCUUCUAACUUAAGCAAUCGUUUAAUUUGUUAUUCUAAAUAUGAGAUGAAUCUCCGGAUCCUUCCGAUCACCCGUAGAGAGGCGCUGGUCGUGCGUUCGUUCAGUAGAUACCAUAUACUCAGAAUGUACAAUUCCGAGAGCAUAUUUAGCACCUUCCUCUGUCUCUUAGUAUCGAUUGCUUGUCUGUUUUGUCCGUACAUUGUUUUGUUCCACCUGACUGGCUUAAAAAGUAAAGUACAAGUGUGUUGGAUUGAUCUUCUCAUGACCAACAGGAUAGUGGAAUGAAUUUUUCCCCGGUUCGCUUCUCUUCCCGUUCUUCCACCCACGCGGUCAGAAGAGUGUAAGUUUGUAUGAAAUUGCAUUUUCUGAAGAAUGAUCCGCACUAAAUGGAACGGAAUUUCGUUGGUGAAACGGAAACAUUCUCCGACCGUAGGUUUAAUGGUAGAACGUUUCUUUUCAUUUGUACUAUCCUCUCACACAUCCCUGCGAGUUUAGUGAUAGUGAGUUGUUUUUAGAACUAGCCUGCCGAACCCGUACUGAGUAAAAGCAUGUUUAGCAUCAGUUCAGUAUGGGGUAUUACACCAUCACUGAAACAUAUUUUGACGUUCGAACAGUUUGUUGAUGUAUUUUUUAUCUUUCGAUAAAUCAUGGUAGUGUAGUGUUCCUUAACAUUCGAAUUAUUAACUAAAUGCCCUCUGUAUUAUGACAAUAUCCACCGUUUUACCUUAGUUCUAUAGUAAAUACUCACAACUUAAUAUAAUAUUGUUACUUGGAAGGCGAGCAGUAGUAGGAAAGCAAAAAUAAACAUAUCCACUUACCGAGCGAAUGUAAGAUAAUUUAACAAGCAACAGAAAAAGACAUAAAUCAUUAAUGAAAAAAGAUUAUAUAUUCUGAUUAAUUGAGAUGAAUGAAAACAACGUUCUUCCAUAGGCAAGUUAGGUACAUAAGUGCGCUGUCUAGUGAGAGCAGGACAACACAUAAACUAUUCUUGAUAAAUUAUUACAGUUAAGUAACAAAAUUGAUAACAAAAGAAGAAGAAAAAAACAAACAAACUAGAUGCAACAAGCACGUGGCAGAGUGAUUAGAGAGUAAACAACAUUUUAACCAGCAAACACAACGGUGAUACGAAACACGAUGAGCGUGCGAAACUCAACGCUGUUGAAACGUCAAAAUUUGAAUUGCAACACACGUGUGCAAAGGUGCAAAGUAAUACUCGUUUUCAAUAAGACAAAACAAUAUCCGCAAAUUGUGAGUGAGAUAUUAGUGAACUUCACAUGCGCCCGAAACGCCUGAUGUGUAAAAUAUUUCUUAUUUUUUAGUUUUCUGGGAAACACGUGUGUAAUAAGGAAGUAUGGUUAUUGCUAUUACGCUGUCAUUCUUGGUGAACGCUUGCGUGUAACGCGGGCGCACCGUUGUUGAUAUUUAUUAUUAGAAAAAAAAGAACAGCAAUUAACUUUACAAUAUACAAAAGACAGUUGCGUGGACCAAAUACACAUGCCGGAGGCAGAAGCAAACGAUACGAGACAGAACAAUCCCAAACGUAAAAGCCGAUAUGAAUCAUAUGUCUUCAAGGAAUCUUAAUACACCUAAUAGAACAAAACAAUGUUAAAAACAAGAGCUUUUGUGGUGACGACAGACAUUGUAGGAUGAAACAUUCGAUCAUUUAUUCAACAAAAAAUAAAUAAAUGAAAGGAAGCAACAUAAAUGAGAACUAAGGAAAUUAUCCCAUCGAAUUUUGAAUUUUGCGGUUUUGAUCCAUUUUUAAACAGCAGUAGAGAAUUUAAUAUCAGCAAAAUAAUACAAAGAAAAUGUAUAUGUUAAAAUAUGGAAUAAAUAAAAGAAAAAUUAAUGUUCAAACAAAAACCAAGCUGAGCAAAACUAACCUCUGUUAAAUAGAAAAAAAAUUGGCGCGGCACAUUGCAAACUGAUGAAGAAUUAUCAAUGCAGGAUUUAUAAUGUUGAACCUGGUAUGCGAAGCUAAUAAUUGAUGAUGUUGUAACCUGGAUACAAGGAAUAAGUAUCGCGAGAGAAACAUAUUAUGUCUGGAGGAGAAUAAGUCGAAGCACUUACUUGCGGACUGUGCAGAAUAAAGCAACAUUCAAUUGGCAGCUUUUUAUAUCCACUAUGUUUUGAUCUCCUAUGAAAAAAUGCGAUGUAAAUCUACUCUAGAGGUAACGGCCAUGAAUUGCGUGAAAAGGCAAGAGGUUCGUCAUCCUAUAUUUUAUCCCCACAACCAAUAUAUAUAUACACACAAAAACACACAUACAAACUCAACAGGCAAGAUUAAUUCUUCGCUACCCACAAUGGAAAAAUUAAGAUAAAAUUAAAACGCUUUCAUAUUAUUGGAAAAUAUAUUUUUAGAAAUGUACAUUAAUUAUUGCGAUAAUUAUAUAUAUGAAAAACUAGUAAGAGAGGAAGAAAAAAACAAAGGUUCACAUAAGCAAUCACCGGUAAAGUAAGCGAUGAGAAGCUGUGUAAAUAACAGUUCUGAAGUGCAACCCUGAUGACAAAACCCAGGGGUAUUAUCAUACUGUGAAGCAAUACAUGAAAUAAUUGCGAUAGAUCCAACCCAUUGCUCGAUGUGAAAGACAAAAUGCUCAUCAGUAAAGAUUCGUGGUAUGUACUCGAAAAUCAAUGUUCAACAAAGUGAGAACGCCAUAUACAUAUACGUGGAAGUUCCUUUCCAUGACCCUGGUUUGUGAUUGCUUAUUUGGGUUACAAGUCAGUUCUUUAUCAUCCAGCAUUUGGCCGCUCGAUUUUCUGUUAGUGUGUUCAAGUCUCGUUUAAACGAUGUAUGCUUUGUUUGGACAGAAAGCCGAAUUUAUGAGUUCCUCCCAGGGAAACAGUUUCUCCGCGCUGAAAUACCCUAUUUAUAAAGAAAUCUUGAAUAAUGAAAAAAAAAUGACUUAUCGACAAUACUUGAUUUGAAGAAUCGAUCGCGUGUAAACUAUUUGAGAGGUUAUAUAAAAAGAUACUGCAAAAAGUUCAUAUUAACGCUGUCACACCGAGACGGGCGCAAACCAAAAUAACUUUCCGCUACACGUAUUUACUAAAUUAUAAUAUUAUAUAUAUAUUAUAUUAUAUAUAAAGUUAUAUAUAUAUAUAUAUAUAUAUAUAUAUAUAUAUAUAUAUAUAUAUAUAUAUAUAUAUAUAUAUAUAUAUAUAUA